AGAUUGAAGAAUGAAAUUAGUAUGAGAAUGUCUUGCAUCAUGUGAUUAAACUAUGAACAGGUGAUUCAGGGUUUUAAUGUUGUGAUCUACUCCAGCUCUGCAGGUGAAGGUGACUCCACCACGGUGGGCAAUGUCGAAGACUCUGACCUGUAUCACCACCUGUACUCUGACUGGUAACCCCACCUACAUCUGGUACAAGAAUGGACAACAUCUAGAUGAGAGCACCUCUCCCCAGUACAAAUACUCAGUCUUCAGUAACUAUGACGACAGUUACUCCUGUACUGUAAAAGGCCAUGAGGAUCUCCACUCUCCUGCAGUGUAUGGUCCAAAGAACACCUCAGUAUCAGUCAGUCCCUCUGGUGAAAUAGUGGAGGGCAGUUCAGUGACUCUGACCUGCAGCAGUGAUGCCAACCCACCUGUGGACAAAUACACCUGGUACUUUCAAAAUAAGACUUUUCUAAAUGGAUUUGGACAGAUGUACAACAUAAGUAAGUUCAAGUCUAAGGACAAUGGACAUUACCACUGUGAGGCCUGGAAUGGAAGAGGAUCUAGGAACUCUACAGCUCUGAUGAUCAUUUUACCAGAGAAACAAACAUCAGUUCUGAAUGCAGCUGUAGGAAUCAUAGUGGUUGUUCUGGUUCUCAUCCUCUGUAUCUCUGGCUUCAUGUGGUUCAGGAAGAAGUCCUCGAUAUCCACCUCUGACACAAGAGACACAGCAGAUGAUGAACAGGGAGACUCUAGUCCAGUGUAUGACAACAUCUCAGGCAUGGCCAUGACCCCUACUGCAGCACAGACAGCAGCCACAGACGACCAGGAUGAUGUUCACUACGCCAGCAUCCACUUUUCUCGCUCCAAAUACGAGGAAGUGCCUCUGUACUCCACCGUCCAGCUGCCUCAACCACAGAAACAGGAUGAGGAUGUCCAAUACGAUGCUGUGAAUUUCAACCUCCCCAGUGCUGCCACCCAACCCGUGGCGGCACAAGCAGUUGAGGAGGACCGCUCUGAGAUCUACAGUAGAAUCAACAAACCCAGAACCAAGAAGACCUGA